AGUGCCAAUCAACUUGACUGACAUGUCAAAGAGCCAAUCACUGGCCGUGAAGCACUCGCUCUCCUCCAAUCACAAAACGCGAACAGUUGCCAGUGCCGGGUCUCAUUGAAGCCUUUUCCUCUUUACCGCAACGUGUAUUUUCUACAAGCAAAGACUUAAUUCAGUUUAUAUGAAAUGGGUCGCCGCAAGUCCAAAAGAAAGCCCCCUCCUAAGAAGAAGCUGACAGGAGAUCUGGACUCUCAGUUCACCUGUCCGUUCUGCAACCACGAGAAGUCAUGUGAUGUCAAAAUGGAGAGAAGCAGAAAUACUGGGAUAAUAUCUUGCACAGUCUGCUUGGAGGAGUUCCAGACCCCUAUUACCUAUCUGUCGGAGCCAGUUGACGUGUACAGUGAUUGGAUAGAUGCCUGUGAAUCAGCCAAUCAGUAGCCCUCGUGGAGCAGGAUGUGUUUCAGAAACGGGAACAGGAUGUGGCUGAUGGUCCUGGGCCCUUUUAGGAUCAAGCUGGUCAAAGGACAUUUAUGAAACUUUUGUUGUUCAAAGGUUUCCAUAUGGUUACUUGAAAUUCACAGUUGUGUAAACUGCAGUUUCACUUAUGUGAACACAAAGCGUCCUUGAAGCGUUCCUGUUGGCUUCUGACUUCUCUUUCUGUAUAAGCCCACAACUCCAGUUUAGACUCUUGAGAUUCAUUAGGCAAUUUGUUAUUUGCGAUGUAACCUGAUUUUUCUUCAAACAUUGAGCGGGACUUUUUCAAUAUUUGUUUCUUAAAAAAAAAAGGAAAAAAAAGUAUUGGUUAAAAAAAAAUCCAAUCAUUAAAAAAACGUGUCGUGCUUUCUAUUUAGUUUUUAACCGGUAGAUAUUGUUAGGUGCAGUAAAUCACAUUUUUACAAGAGGCCUGUAGUGUCAGAGAAUGGGCCAGCAUCUUGGCAUUUUAAUGUGAAAUCAAUAGAAGUAAAAUUGUUUAGCAUUACAAUAAAGAGACUAAGUGGAGAGGUAAUGCCAGACUGCAAAGUUUAGGCGUGAUUGUCUUCUUUUGUUGAAUGUUAACACAGUUCAGGCAUGAUGCUACGGGUCGUGUCACAACAGGUCAUUCCACUGGAGAGAGGAAUGGAAAUGUGUAAGAUUUAUGUCAAGAUGCUAAUUUUAAAGGUUUUGAAUCAGUUGAUUGUAUGUUUUUGGCUUACAUGUUAAAUAAAUAAAUUCAUUACAAAUGAUCUUUGUUAUGAAGCGCA